AUGACUCGACAUCGAAAGUCGAAGAACAAGAAUGCGCCCAAAAAGCCCUCCCUUACACAUUUCCUCUGUGUUCCCCUUGUAAACUCGGUCUCUCAGCCUCAACUAGAAGCUAGUAUCAGGGGGUUUAAGGAACAUGUAUGUUCCACUAGUCCAAUCGAGGCUGCACCAGGGCAUGACCCUACGGAAGUAGACCGUGUCUCCUCUGAGACAAAGACCGAAGGCAUCAUCAGCGAUGCCAGUGCUCAACUAGAAGAACAACAGAGGGCAUCCGAGGAAACUGCACUCUCCGGAGCUUCGUCGCCUUUGAUACCGGAAAAAGCUAUUCGGCCAUUAGGCUCAUUGCAUCUAACUCUCGGAGUCAUGAGUUUGGACGAGCAAAAGCUAGUCCAAGCAAAUACUCUUCUCCAAUCUCUCGAUCUGAGUAAAAUGCUUCAUGAAGCUACCACUCCUGCCGACUCAUCCGACUCUACGAACAUCAACACCCAGACCUCGGAUGUUGCACCUCAAAGCUCCUCGGAUACACAUCCAACGCAGGUACCCGAUCUCUUGAGCUCUCCCCUGAAGAUCUCUCUCGAAUCUCUGGAACCGAUGCAGUCGCCAUCAAAAACAAGCAUCCUCUACAUCCGCCCCCAAGACCCAACCAAUCGCCUCGAGAUCCUCUGUCAAGUAAUACGGAAGACCUUCACAGACGCUGGACUGUUAGUUCCGGACACACGACCACUAAAGCUGCAUGCCACAAUCGUAAACACAAUCUACGUCAAGGGAAGAAAGAAAAAGCCCAAGACACCAGCGCAAGCCAAACAGUCAACCAUAGAAACCCCAUCCAAAGAUCAGACCACAAAAGAGAGGACAUCUCAAGUAUCGACGCAGCAUCAAGGGUUACAAGCAAACGAAGCUUCCUCUGGUCAUGGUCCCUCAGCAAAAUCUUCUCUAUAUCUCAACGCUACAUCCCUUCUCUCUACCUACAUAAAUCACGUUUGGGCUUCUGAUGUUCCAGUCGAGAAGAUUACUAUCUGUGAGAUGGGUGUCAAGAAACAGUUUUCUUCGACUGGAGAAGUCAUUGGAGAGGCUUAUAAGGAGGUGGCAGUCAAAGAGGUUGGAGCUUUCAUGCAUAUCAAAGAAGAGACAACGGAAGAGUGA